GUGAUUGCUCUGCGCAGCACAGAACUGGAUGUGGGGAGUCAAGAAGGAACCAUAAAAAUUCGCUGCGUCGCCCGUCAUCAUGCACACAACUAUCAUGCACCUUGUCAAUGUAAUCCAAUGUAAUCACCUUCACACACAUUCAUUUUCCCAGCGAAUGAGCGCCGUAACUCACGAAUCAUGGCUAGCAAUGUCUCAAUAGUUUACGCCUUGCUAUCCGUGUUCGUGGUCUUUGUUUUCUCAAAAUUCGUCAACCAUCGUGCCCAGAUGUCCAAGCUGGCAGCAAUACCUACGUUGGGAUCUUCAGGUUUUCUCUCUUCUUAUCUCAGCGCUUUCAGAUUUGUCUACCAUGCUCGUGAUAUCAUUCAGGAAGGGUACCAGAAACACUAUAAUAGCGCUUUCAAAGUACCUCUGCUCGAUCAUUGGCUGGUUGUAGUAUGUGGGCCCAAAAUGACAGACGAGAUAAGGAAAGCGACAGACGAGCAGCUUUCCUCAGCGGAAGCCUUUGCUGAGAUGCUACAAACAGAUAUUACGAUGGGCAAAACCCUACGAGCCGAUCCUUAUCAAAUUGGUGUGAUACUCAACGCGCUCACCAAGAAUGUCCCGGCUAGGUUCCCAGAGGUUCACGAUGAAAUGAAGACAGCGUUCAACGACUUGAUUCCGCCUGGAGAAGAAUGGGUGAAAGUUCCAGUCCUCAAAACGGUGCUGAAUAUCGUGUGUCGGACGACGAAUCGGCUGUUCGUUGGGCUUCCGCUUUGUCGGAAUGAGGACUGGAUGGAUCUGAACAUAUUCUUCACGGUCAAUGUGUUUGCCCGAGCUUCCAUCAUAAACCUUUUCCCCACUUACCUGCAACCGUUUGUCGGGUGGCUAAUUACACCCCGUCCCGCAAGCCUUCGACGCGCCGUUAAGCACCUUCAGCCUCUCUUUGAAAAGCAUUUCGGGCUGGAAGGGACUACGGAUGACAUUGAUCCGGCAAGUCAAUCGAACAAUCUCUUGCUUUGGCUCUGGAGGCAAGCCCAAGAAGGCGAACAACGCACUCUCAAUGACUUGGCAAUGCGCGUGCUGUCCGUAAACGUUGCAGCCAUUCAUACCACCAGCAUGGCUUUCACCAACGCUUUAUAUUACCUCGCUGCCGACCCAAAAUUGGCAGAGAUGCUUCGCGAAGAAGUCGAGACCGAGGUUGGACGUAAGGGAUGGACCAAAAAUGCAAUGGAUGGUAUGCGCAAACUCGACAGUUUUCUAAAAGAGUCUCAGCGACUUUCUGGGACAUCUGCAGUUACAUUAAACCGAAAGGCAUUGGUGGAUUUCACUCUGUCGGAUGGAACCGUUAUCCCUGCAGGGACAACAGUGGCAACUGCUGCCCUUCCCGUGCAUCUUGACAAGAAUCACUACGAGGAUGCGACCCGUUUUGAUCCAUUGCGCUUCUAUGAUAUCAGAGAAAAAGAGGGAAGAAGUGUGCGGCAUCAGAUGAUGACUCCUGAACCAGGGUACGUGGCUUUUGGGAUGGGGAAACACGCUUGCCCUGGUAGAUUCUUUGCUGCUAUCGAGUUGAAGGCGCUUGUGUCCCAUACUUUGGUGACUUAUGAUCUCAAGUAUGAUGAAGGGGUUCCUAUGCCUGUUAUUGAAUGGUUUGCGGCCACGAGUUUUGCGAAUACGAAAGGGGAGAUAUUGUUCAGAAAGCGGAGGAAGUGACUGUAAACACAUUUCCUUGUAACUUGAGAGCAGUGAAUAUGAAUACAUACCAUUGCCA